AUAGAGUUUUCUAAUCUUUUUCAAGAUCCUGUAAACCUGUUAAGGAGACAACCACCAUUUACUUAGGAAUAGCAAUGGUUCAUGUCAACAAAUUUUUUUGCUCAUUAAAAUAAUUUUAGCAUUGUGUCAUUGCUAUUGUCCUCAAUUGCUCCCGCGCGCCUGCGUCAGGUAAGUUAUAUAUUUUUGAAUCUUGAUUGCCGUUGUGCAGCUCAUCAGAUUAUUUCUGGUUUUGCUCCUGGAUUCAAAGAAUUGAAGCCAGAACGAAGAAAAAAAAAAAAGUGCAGUGACCCGAUCGGGAAGAGAAAAUAAAAAGAAAUGAAGCAAUUAUAGAGCACCACAAGGGGUAGCCCCCACUUGUCUAGAAGGUCAAUUGUAUAUAUAUGAAGAUGCAAGCUGAUGGUGGUUCACGCAAGGAGAUAAUGCAAUAUAUAAGUAAUACAAUAAUCAACAGGAUUAAUGAUUAAAUAGCUUUAAUUAAAGAAUUGGAUCAUUACUAAUUCAGAUAGCAAGUAAGACGUGUACUCUAAAUCCAACAUCAAAUUGUGGAUUCACUCAUCACGAUUUAUUUAUCAGUAUUUUCGAUUUCUUCUGCGUUCAGUUGAUGUCCUUUCACAUAUUAAAUUAAGAUGGAGGAAAGCAACUUGACAUUUUGAAGAAUAAUUCAACUGACAUCAGUUUUUGAGCUUUGACUAAUAUUUAAGCCUAACCAUAGAGGUUAAGCACCAUUUGCGUCUGUAUUAUAUGUUUGAUUUCUUGAUGUUUGUAGUUAAUGAUUUCCCUGGCUUUGCUUCCUGUAAAGCAGCACAUGAUGGUCACCAAUUAAGGCAAUGAAAUAUUAAACAGGCACGCGCUCUCCACGGGAACAACACAAGUCUCGCUUGACUCUGAGGUUUCCAGCAUGUUCAGGACCAUCAACACUGAACUGCUCUUUAGGGUGGUAAUUAUUGUCUAUGUGGCAAAUCUGUCGGCGGUGAAUAAAAAUGAAUUCAUGCCCCCAACUAUAUAGGCGUUGCAUGACAUAGAGAUACGUCGCGGAAAACUGUCAUUAGCCCUUCCAACUUGUCCUUCUUAGCACUUAGCAGACUGUCCCAUAACGUGAAAUCUUCUGAAACGAUAGCAGAAAUCAUCUAGGGUUUUUAGUUUCUAGAGCAUCAAGUGCCUGCUGAUAUGGAAGGCACAAAAAGAGAAUCUUGAGCUAAUUACUAUGGUAGGUAAAGGUAAAAAUGAUUGACAGUUAAGCUUUAAGUCGAUGAAAUUGAACUCAGUCUAUGAGCAGGUGAAUUAAAUAAUAGCAUUAGACCCUUUUUUGGUUGAGUAUUGCUUCAUUUUGUAUACUUGAGCAUAUAAAAGAUUCAUCUCUCUCUCUCUCUCUCACACACACACACACACACACCCCUCUUCCUCCUUAUUUUCCCCUUGAUUGCUUAUCUUUUGAAUGGUUGACUUUAUAGCUAGAAAUGACUACACAGACACACAUAUAUAAAAGGUGAUGAUGGAGUAUGUGAUCUCAACAUACGCAUUUAACUUCAUCUCCUAUUCCUUUUCUUCUGUUUCUUGGUUGUUACAGCCUGAGUACCCAAUCUUCUGUUUGUGAAACUAUAGCACUACCCUGUGUGAAAAACCUAGAAGAUAUAUAGUAACCCUCUCAUUUAACAAAUUCGGGGAUGCAUGAGGUCUAACAAGAGAAACAGAAACAAGUUUCACCCAAAAAACAGUCUUGGUUAUUUUUGUACUGCUGCUGCUCUUGAAUUUAAGGUUCACAGUUCACUGCUUUCAGCAAGGCAUGAUACACCGACAGGAAGAGAAUCUGGCCUCUCUGAAUCAAGAGUCUUCAGAAAGUUGAAACUUUCCUAAUUUGGAGUAUAUAUAAGCUUUGGUUGGUGCAAGUUUCAAGCAAGUUGACUAUAUGGAUGACCACGGUUCCUCUACCCCUAACUCUACAUUCGAUAUUUUCUCAGGAAAUGUCACGAACUGGGAUUUCAUGGAUGAAAUCUUGUAUCAAGGGUGGUUUGAGAAGGAUGGAGGGUUCAACUUUCUGCAGCAAGGUCUCUCCACCUCUAAUGUUCUACAUGACCCUUCACUAUAUAUUCCCGUUACGGGGACUACUAAUUGGAGUAUAGCCUCAAACCAGAAGGAUUAUCAAGAAGAAACAGAAAGGCAUUGCCAUGGAAAUCCACCACUAGAUUAUCCAAACAGCACGGAACUUGUUCAGACUGAACUUCAGGUUGAAGAUUCUGUGGAGACUUCCACACCUUUCUCGCACCCCGCAAGCAGUCGAGUAGAAGCUGCUGGAUUGGGUUGCGAAUGGCGGAUGGUGCAGAGAGUAAAUCCAGGGACUUCAUGUUCUGUGAAGGAGAGAGUAAUGCAAGCCGUUGGAUACUUAAAAAAUUGUGUACAAGAUAGAGAUAUUCUUAUCCAGAUUUGGCUACCCAUGGAGAAAGAAGGGAAAAGAGUACUUGCUACUAUUGAUCAGCCGUACUUUGUUAAUCCGAGUUGCAAGAGUCUUGCAAGUUACAGAAAGGUUUCAACAGCGUAUCAUUUCCAAGCAGAAGAGGAUGCAAAAUGUUCUGUAGGGUUCCCCGGUCGGGUUUUCUUGGAGAAGCUGCCUGAGUGGACUCCUGACGUACGUCUCUUCAGAAGAGAAGAAUAUCCACAUAAAGAUCAUGCAGUACAACAUAACAUUAGAGGGUCUCUUGCACUCCCACUUUUCAAACAAGGCAGUGAGACUUGCUUGGGCAUAGUUGAGAUUGCGACUACCAUUCAGAAGAUAAGCUAUCGUUCAGAACUACAAGACAUCUGCAAAGUUCUCCAGGCUGUUGAUCUAAGAAGUUCUGAAGACUUCUGCUCUCCUGGUGUCGAGACUUGCAAUCGAUUAAAUCGAGCUGCGGUGCCUGAGAUUUCAGAUAUUGUGAAAUCUGUUUGCAAGACAUAUAGAUUGCCCUUGGCUCUAACAUGGGCCCUAUGUAGCCGGCAAGGUAAAAUUGGACGCCAGCAGUUUCCCGAGAGGUUUAGCUCUUGUAUUUCCACUGUGGAUUCUGCUUGCUUUUUAGCGGACAAAGAUUUUUCAGGUUUUCACAUGGCGAGUUUUGAGCAAUACCUUUUCUUAGGUCAAGGGAUUGUGGGGAGAGCAUUCACAACACAAAAGCAAUGUUUCACGAAUGAUAUAGCUUCCUUCAGCAAGAAAGAUUAUCCACUAGCUCACCAUGCUAAGAUAUUUGGUCUUCAUGCUGCCAUAGCGAUUCCCCUGAGAAGCAUUUCUACUGGAUUGGUUGAAUUUGUGGUGGAGUUAUUCUUGCCAAAAGAUUGCCAAGAGACCGAAGAACAAAAGAAGAUGUGGGAUUUAUUGCCUAUUGUCUUAAAACAGGUUUGCAGGAGCAUACAAAUUGUCAUGGACAAGGAGCUUUAUAUAGGAGAAAAUAAGAGUUCUGAAUCAUACCCUUCGAAAGAAGCUCCACCCGACGAAUCAUCUUGGAUUGCCCGCAUGGUGGAGGCCCAAAAGAAGGGUAAAAGUUGCAUUGUCUCAUGGGACUAUCCAAAAGAACCUAAAGAAGAGUUCAAGACGAUCAUUCAUUGGGAUGACUCUGCGGUGGAAAUAGACCAGAAGCAAGUAAUUUCAGAGUUGGGUCAACUUCAGCAACAUUCUAGACCCAAUAUCAAUAUUGAGGGUGAUGGAGUUUCUUUUGCUUUUGGCGGACGUCGCUCGUUAGGAAGCACAAAAAUAGGUAAGAAGAGACGGACCAAGACAGAGAUUCAGACAAUCAGCUUGGGAGUUCUUCGACAAUACUUUGCCGGGAGCCUCAAUGAUGCUGCUCAAAGCCUCGGCGUUUGCCCGACCACUCUGAAAAGGAUAUGUAGACAACACGGUAUCAAACGAUGGCCUUCUCGAAAGAUUAAGAAAGUUGACCAUUCCUUACGAAAACUCCAGCAGGUGAUCAACACAGUCGAAGGUGCCAAGGGUGCCUUUCAAAUUGAAUCUUUCUAUCCAGCCUUUCCAGAUCUGAGCUCUCCAAAACUUUCAAAUCAUACUUCUUAUUCAUCAUUUAGGAGGAUCGAUAAUUCAAAGCACUUAGACUCUCCACCUGAUGAUUCUUGCCCUUCUGGCACUGCCUCAAAAUCCCAUUCUUCUCCGUGUAGUAGGAGCUCUUGUUCAAGUAACUGCUGUUCUGGUCGAGCACAACAGCAUGCUGCCACCACAAUAACUGGCUCAAGCAAUGGAAAUGGCUCUUUACUUGCAGAAACCUCGAAUGGGAUUUUUAAGAGGACUUGCAGUAAUGAAUUAGCAGAAUCGUAUUCCUUGAAUAACCAAGGUGGACCAGACUUUCUUGUAAGAUCUCAAAUUCAGAAAACUAGGACAGUCAGUGAUCAUAUUCAUCAAAGUGAGCUAGAAAGUCCACCAUGUUUUGGCCCGAGUUUACGAGAAGGAGGUGUCUUCGGAGUUAAAGCCAUUUAUGGAGUAGAAAAGGUUAGGUUAGGCUUGCAACCAAAGUGGAGUUUAAGAGACUUGCAACAAGAGAUUGGUAAGCGUUUCGAGAUAGAUGAUUUCACAUGCAUUGGUCUCAAGUAUAUGGAUGAUGAUGGGGAAUGGGUUCUUUUGACUUGUGAUAGUGAUCUUGAGGAGUGCAAAGAGAUACACAGAUUCUCUCAAAGAAACACAAUCAAGAUAUCCCUUCACAAAUAUUCUUCUCCAUUUGGUUUCCGAGGUUCGUUCUAAGGCUUCCAUUGAUUUUAUGAAUAGUCUCUACAACAUGCAUGAUUGGUUUGGAGUUACGACAUUGUACGUAGAAGAUGUUUUCUAAGAUUUCUAUUCUGUUGGAAAGUUUUCUUAGAAAAACAAUUAAGCCAUUGAGGAAUAAACAAUGAUUAUACUUU